GGUCCAUAUAUAUCGAGCUCUAAUUUUUUCCAAUGAACCAAACACGAGUUUGAAGUCUUCAUCAUCUCCAUGAUUCCCCUGAAAACUUAUCAACACCGUUCUCCCUUCAUCUUCUCCUCCAUUUCCAAACCAAACCCACUUCACCCUCACUUUCUCUCUCUUCCACCAUCUCCACCAUUGAAACUUCCUCUCAAACUCAAACCAUGUUCGUUCCCUCUUCAAAGGGUUUCAAAUAUUGAAGUGGCAAUUUUCAACAAUGAAGAAGUUAAGGAUUUGUCACCAGAAGGGGAAGUGUAUCAGAAGACACUUCAGUUGGUUGAAUGUUCCAUGUUUGCUGCUCUUACUGGGUUGGUCUACUUCUUGAGUAAUGCUCUUGCUAUUGAGAAUUACUUUAGUUGUUUCUUCUCGUUGCCAAUAGUGAUAUCAUCGAUGAGAUGGGGUAUUGAUGCUGGAAGGAAAACUAUGGUUGCAACAACUAUACUUUUGUUUGUCUUGUCCGGUCCAGUAAAAGCUCUAACCUAUCUGCUUAAGCAUGGUAUAGUUGGUUAUACAAUGGGUACUCUGUGGAGGUUGGAAACCAGUUGGAGCCUGUCAGUUUUCUUGUGCGCAAUUGUAAGAUCGAUCGGUGCCGUUGGCUUUGUCUUGAUUUCAUCCUUUUUGAUAAGGGAAAACAUACUAGCUUUGAUCACCAUUAACAUUCACGCUUCUCUUACAUUUGUGCUGACUGCUGCUGGUGUCAAUUCAAUUCCUUCAAUGAACUUCAUAUAUACCCUAUUUGGGAUUUUGGUUUUGUUGAAUGGUGGAUGUUUCAUGUUCUUGCUGCACAUGUUGUAUUCUGUUUUUCUUACUAGAAUGGGAAUGAAGUCUUCACUAAAAUUGCCAAGAUGGUUAAAGAAAGCCAUUUGAAACCAUAUUCAAUUUGAAUCUCAUUCUUCUAUUAGUAGUUUUAUACCAUAAUGUAAAGUGAACUCAAAUUAACUACCAAUUUUGAUUGGACCUUUUAUGUACAAUUUUACCCUUGAAUACAUAACUUAAACAAACUUUACUUGUUAUCAAAAAGAGAAUUUCUACUGUA